AUGUUCUAUUGUACCAUUUCCCACACUACUAACCUAUUUCCUCCCCUGAAGAUCAUGAAUAUCUAUGCACCCGUCACUACUCCAGAUAGAUAUAUCUUUUAUGAUCAGUUACUUCAACGCUCCUUCUUCCAAACUCUCGUCACCAACAUGAACACGGCGGAAGGUCUACACAACAAUCACCUGUCUAAUGUCACCGAUGCCCCAUCUAUAGUCGUUGGUGAUUUUAAUUACAAUUUCCGCCAAUACCGUCCACCAUCUAUUGUCAAACCAGCUAGCAUUCAAUCACAAUGGCUAUUUCAUUCGAUGCUCACCCACUACUAUCAGGAAAGUACUCAUGAAUUAAUCCACGAACCUCAAGUACCUACCUUUCGUCGCAACACUACGUUCACUACCAUCGAUUAUAUGUUCUUGAAUCCUCAACUGAUGGACUUCCGUACUGACCAGUUUGUCCACUUUGUCCACUCGGACUGGACUGACCAUGCGAUGCUGUCUACCCAACUAACUUUUGAUAAUCCAGAUCUCGGUAAAGGUCUGUGGCGAGCCAAUCCACAAUUAGUCCACAACGAAUACUUCUGCCAACGCCUGUUCACAAAGCUUGACGAUUUCCACACCCUUCUCGCUUCCAAUGCUAAUGAUCUCACUCCACAAGUCAUUUGGGAUCAAAUCAAGGAAUUAACUCGACAGGUAGCCAAAUCUUGUAGUCGUCGUCAAUCGGAAUGGCGUCGCCGUCUACUUCGUCGUCUCCAAAGCAAGCGGAACAAGCUGCUACGACUCUACAAAACGACUCAAGUACGCAAUGAUCGCCUUCCCAAGAUCGAAUCAAUGAUAGGUAACCUACAACAAGAAUUGGCUGAUAUUCAAGCUUUACGCUCCGGCAUCAAAUGGCGUGAACACGGGGAGAAAUCCGCUGGUUUCCUCAAGCGUCUUACAUCCCAGCGAUCCCAACAACGAGCCAUCCCCACUCUUCAACACCCCAUCUCCUCCUCCGAUUGUGCGACUACAAAGGACAAACAGGCAGCUGCGGUAGCUUACUACGAACGGCUCUACACUGCGGAUAUAGUGGACACCGAAGCGAUUCGCUACUUUACUAAUCAGAUUCCUCAUACUGACAAAAUUCUAGAUUCAGACCACCCGUCAUUAUGUGCUCCAUUUACCCUCGAUGAAUUAGUCGAAGCCGGUACUCGGGCUCCUAAACAAUCUAGUCCUGGCAUUGAUUCCCUACCAUAUGCCAUAAUACAACUGCUUUUCACCCACCCACUCACCGCUGCCAUUGCUCUCCGUGUUUAUUCUGACGCCUUGUCAAACGGCGUAUUCCCGCAAUCGUGGCAAGAAACUUGUCUGGUCUUGCUCCCUAAGAAAGGUGAUCUUGCCUUGUUGCAGAACUGGCGUCCCAUUAGUCUUAUCUGUUGUGAUGCCAAAAUCUUCACUCGGCUGUUGAAUGCUCGGCUCAUGCUCCACUUUGGCACACGAUUGACCACCUCACAAUCCGGCUUCAUGCCCCAUCGCUUUAUUGGCGAACCAGCCAUGACCCUACAUUGCGCUCUGUCCCUCGCCACUGCCACCCAUUCUACGUCAAUCGCCUUGUUGUUAGAUCAAGAAAAAGCAUAUGACCGUGUCAACUUGGAGUACCUCACCGCUGUACUCACAGCUUUUAACAUGCCAUCUUCUCUAAUCUCAUCACUGCUUUCUUUGUUUACUAACACGCAGGUACGGGUCAACAUCAACGGAUUUCUCUCUGAAGCAUUUCCAACCCAACGUGGUAUGAGACAGGGUGACCCUAUCAGUCCUUUGCUUUUCAAUAUCAUCUUCGACCCCUUCCUCCGUGCCAUCAACCAACAUCAAAACAUACUUGGGUUUGACUUUACACGCAUUGCAGCCACUAAUCCUCGUUUUUCCUCCCCUCUCGCUGACAAUGUUCCUCUCGCAGAUCCAGUCAAAGUCCUGGCAUAUGCCGAUGACACACUAGUUUUCCUCAACGAUCUUAGUGAAUUCCACCAACUUCAACAGUUGAUAAAUAAGUAUGCCGCCGCGUCCAAUGCCUCUCUCAACUAUCACAAGACGCAAGCAUUGUCUCUCUCUGGUGUACCGCACGAAUCCUGGAUUCUCGGCCUUCGCGCGUCUGGUAUCUCGUCUUGGCAUGACCAGAAUGCUACCGCUCCCAUCAUCUAUCUCGGAUACCCUAUUUGUUCAUCUACCGCUCAAAAGAACUCAUAUUUCGAUGCUCUUCUCACUCGUCUCCGGGACUUUUGUCGCCUUCAUUCGGUACGCAACCUUACCUUUCGAGGACGGGUUACUGUUCUCAAUUCACUCUUGUUCUCUAAAGUGUGGCAUAUUGCACGCUUGUUUCCUUUUUCGGCUAACGAUAUUCACAAGCUACAACAGCUGGGCGCCUCGUUCGUUAACCAAAAUGCCAAACUAACUCGAUUCUCUUUCGCUACUCUCUGCCUCCCUCGUUCUCAUGGCGGCCUUGGUCUUUUGGAUCCUGCUGUGCAGAUCAACGCCCUUCAGUGGCGCUGGCUUCAUCCACUUUUGCACCCAUCCGAUCCCACUCCUCCUACCAAGACUUCUCUUCCUUAUCUCCGUGUCAUCCUCAACUUCUUCCUCGCUACUCCCUCAUACCCCACCUACCACUGGUCUCUCCUCUUUCCUGCCUGUAGGCCAUCAAGCGCCAGAAAGGUCAUCGCUCCUCUCUACAACAUUCUUCGCGCCGUAGAUACCAUUGUUCGUAAGUUUGGUGUCUGUCAUGUUUCCUUCAGUACUUGUCUACGCCUGCCAUUUUCGACCUUGGUUGAACAUAACCUUCCACCCAACCAUAGCUUAUCGCCUACAUUUCGCUCACCAAAGGAAGUGGUAAAACACUACCCCAGAGUGCUUCAACUUACAGGUAAUGAUGUUUUCAUCUUUGAUACCACCACUCAAGCUCUUCAACUUCGCACUUCGGUCAUCGGCCUACCCCACCAACCCACCAGCUUACGCGCUAUCAAUUUUCUUCAGGCUCAAAACCUACUGCUCACCAACUUCAUUCACUUCAACAUGUUGCUCCUUGUCCCUCGUCCAAACAUCACACAUAUCGACCUCUCCACCAUCACCAACUAUUCCGAUAGUAUCAGCCUCGUAUCCACCCUUCUACUCUCUUUAUUGGCAACUUCAUUUUCUUUUGAGUCUCAUUCAUUCCUUUUAUCCCUCCCUACUAAUCAAGGAUUCAAAUCCCUCCCCCUUCACACUAACCCUUCCUCUUAUUCGUCCCCUUUAGGUGUUGCCAAAUGGAAGCAGUUUUGGACUCUCCAGAUUCCUUUGAAUGCUCGCAAUACUUGGUUCCGGAUCCUUCAUGAAAAAGUUACUACUCGUCAAUUAUUACAUCAACGGCUUCGCGAUUCAUUUACCCCGUACUGUCCUCACUGUCAGUCUUCGUCAUCCACAAUCCCCACCAUCAUCGAAGAUACUGAGCACUUCCUCUUUUCCUGUCCUCGAAAAUUGGACGUCUGGCGACAAACUCUCUCUCUUUACAUCUCACCUCGAUUCUCUUACUUUGCGUACGGGGAAUACAUUGCCAUCCUCCACCUUCGCCUCGAUAUUGACCGCUCAUCUCAUGAACUUUUUCCUGCAUUAUCCGUGUUCCAGGUCUUUGCUUGCAUCCAACAGGCUAUCUGGUCUGCUCAUUACCGCCAAGUUUUCCAGCACGUCCCUUUCAUCCCGUCUACUGUCAUCCACUCCAUUCAUCGUACUCUCCUCAAUUUAGACUCCCAACUUUCCUUCGAUACAAUUAUCUGA